UUGAUAGUUGUUAUGAAUGGUCACUGUAUAGAAUAUAAUUGGUUAUUUUGUUUGUAAAAUAAUCUAUUGACUAGAACGAUCUUCUAUCUUCGAUGCAUCACCACAGUUUUCUGUUUAGGAACUUUUCUUCAUUGUUUUUAGUACCCUCCGACCAAUAUUCACGUUGGACCUCUUGAACAACGUGUGUUUGAUUUCUGACCGUAGUGGAUAUUUACCGAUUUACUACUCUGUGUUUGAUCUUCCUUGAAUAGUUAUUUUAAAUACGAUUAUAUGGAAAAGCAAUUGGAUAGAAGGAUAAGUUAACUUUGGCCGUGGGAAAACGGUCUUGAAAUCACCAGUGGAAAACCAUGAAAAAUAAAUUAACAGGAAAGAGUAAUGCAAAUGAGGUUGGCGACGAGGCUGGCAGUUAUGCUGUGGGGCAAGUGUCCGGCUGCUUGUUUCCCAACAAAUCUGCAGCUGGCUCGGGAUCACUGUCUGCACUAUUCUCAUCCAGUUCGACAACCAACACUGUGAAGUUCGUCCCAGCGCCAAAGCUGCCUGAACCGAAGCCUGUAAAAGAUGAAGAUGCAGCCGCAGGCCCUGCAGCAGCCCCUGGAAAGGUACAACCAAAGAAAAGUAAAAAGCCCAAAUCAGCAGCAGAAUUAAAGCUUGAGAACAGAGAAAGUUCUUUACAAAAUGCGGACAAUGAGGACACAGUGGCGAAGACCCCGAAGGCACCCAAGCGGAAAGCCCCAAAGGCUGAGGAUGAAGACACAGCAGGGAAUGAUGGGAAGCCUGCUAAGAGAGUAAAGACCUUUAAGGACUACGCCGCUGAGAGAGUGAAGUUGAGCAGGACCGUGUUCGUGGGCAAUCUCCCCGUCAGUUGCACCAGAGAGGCACUUCGGGCCAUUUUUAAGGAACAUGGACCCAUCGAAUCGAUACGGUUUCGUUCAGUGGCUAGAGAAGAUCCAUCCAUGUCUCGCAAAGUAGCCGCCAUUCAUCGUAAAGUUCAUCCCAAAAAGCAGAGCAUCAACGCAUACAUAGUUUUCAAAGAGAAGGAGGCAGCAGAUAACGCCCUUACUAGGAAUGGCUUGGAGAUUUCGAAGGACUUUCAUAUCCGAGUGGACACCGUCUCCAAACAACAUGAUCACAAGCGAUCCAUAUUUGUUGGCAAUUUACCAUAUGACAUCGCGGAGCUGGCCCUGAGGCAGCACUUUGAGGACUGUGGCUCGGUGGAGGCCGUACGGCUGAUCAGGGACAGAGACACCGGCAUGGGGAAAGGAUUCGGCUACGUGCUGUUUGAGAGUCCUGACUCGGUGCAGCUCGCCCUGAAGCUGGACGGCUCCACGCUGUGCGAGCGCAAGAUCCGCGUGAAGCGUUCGGUCAAAGACAAAGAUGCGAAAGCGGCGGCCUCCGAAGAUGGAAAGGGCCGAGGCCAGAGGAGGACGGGACCCAUGAAGACAGGACAGAAAGAAGGACCUCCAGGCAAACCUGGUGGUGUCGGUAGAGGAGGAGGGGGAGGAGGCGGUGGUGGUGGUAUGGGUAGAGGCGGUUUCGGUAGAGGUGGUGGUGGUGGUUUCGGUAGAGGCGGUGGUGGUGGUGGUAUCGGUAGAGGUGGUUUCGGUAGAGGCGGUGGUGGUGGUGGUAUCGGUAGAGGCAGAGGCGGCCAGAAGCCCUUCCAGAGAAAUCAGGGGAAGAAGACGUCCCCCUCAACUUUCAAAGGAGAAAUGGCCGACCCCGGGGCCAAGAAGCACAAAGGACAGAAAAAGAAAUCUAAACCCCGGAAGAAGGACAAGAUCCACUUAUGAGGAGGUGGUCAGUCACAUUUGUUUCGUCGACGUUUUGACCGAUACAAGAAUAAGAUAUUACUCCCAUUGCUCAUUGGUUUAUCAAUGGUGUCGUCUUUUAAAUGGUAUGAAUGAACUUUAAAAUGAGAACAUUCUGUGGUCACAUUUGUUUUUUGUAACAGGAACAUCAGGGGGGUAUUCCAAGUACGUGAUUUAUUGACAAACCUGGGUAAAUUAACCCAGAGUAAGUGGUAAACCUCCUACAACAAGAACAAACACAGCAUUGUUUUGUUAGAAUGAAGCCAUACAGGUCUUGUUGUAGGUUUACCACUUACGAGUUAAUUUACCCAGGUUUGUCAAUAAACCACGUACUUGGAAUACUCACAUUAAGAUAUUAUUCCCAUUUGCCACUGAUUAAUCACUGCCGUUGUCUUUGACUGUUAAAAUGAGGACAUUCUGUGAUCACUGUAAAACUUUAUCACAUUGUCUCAGAACAGACAAUCAUUCAACAAUAACUGUUUU